UCGGUUGGUCUCGUCUUUAUUUUAUAACAAAAAAAAUCGAAAUCUGCCCUAAAAGUUUUUCGUUUUCUCCAUCAUCCAUAUCUCGACGGCAGAGACAAGAGGAAACUUAUUUUAAACCCUGUCUCCGGUGAAAGCGUUCUUUACUUCCCAGCAAACAGAUGUCUGAAUUCGAAAAUCACGAGGGAAACGGGACAGCUGUUUCCGGCGGCUUCGAGGCCGAUGAUAACGUUGGCCGCGGCGGCGAAAUCGAGGACCAAUCAGACUCCAAAUAUCAGAGAGAAACACGUGACGAUGAAAGAGAGUCGUCAAGAAGUAAAGAUAGAGAAAGAGAGAAGGGAUCUGUUGAUCGAAGCAGAGACAGAGAUGCUGACAGAAGAAGCAAGGAGAGAAGUAGUAGAGACAGAGACGUCCGUGAGCGUCACCACAGAAGCAGUCGCCACAGGGAUCGUAGUAGAGAACGCGGCGAAAGAAGAGAACGUGGUAGUAGAGACCGCGAUGAUGACUACCGCAGAGGCAGCCGUGACCGUGACUAUGAUAGGCGUAGAGAUGAUAGAGGAGACAGACGCCGUCAUAGGUCUCGUUCUCGUUCCAAGGAUAGAUCUACUAGGCGCAGAUCAAGGUCUCGAUCUCCAUCUAAAACCAAGCGGGUCAGUGGGUUCGAUAUGGCACCUCCAGCCUCUGCAAUGUUAGCUGCUGGUGCUGUUACAGGCCAAGUUCCUCCCCCACCACCUACUCUUCCUCCGGCUGGAAUGUUCCCCAACAUAUUUCCCUUACAGACUGGGCAGGCAUUUGGUGGACUCCCUAUGAUGCCAAUUCAGGCUAUGACACAGCAGGCAACUAGGCAUGCUCGCAGAGUGUACGUUGGUGGGCUUUCCGCUGUGGCAAAUGAACAGUCUGUGGCUACGUUCUUUAGUCAAGUUAUGGCUGCUGUUGGUGGAAACACCGCUGGUCCAGGUGAUGCCGUCGUUAAUGUUUACAUAAACCACGAGAAGAAGUUUGCUUUCGUGGAGAUGCGAUCCGUUGAAGAGGCUAGUAACGCUAUGUCUUUGGAUGGGAUCAUAUUCGAGGGAGCUCCAGUGAAGGUGAGGAGACCUAGUGACUAUAACCCAUCUCUAGCUGCAUCUCUUGGUCCAAGCCAGCCCAGUCCCCAUCUAAACUUAGCUGCUGUUGGUCUGACUCCAGGUGCUUCCGGCGGGCUCGAAGGUCCUGACCGUAUCUUCGUCGGCGGACUUCCGUAUUACUUCACCGAGGCACAAGUCAGGGAGCUGCUGGAAAGCUUUGGAGCCUUAAAGGGGUUUGACCUCGUAAAAGAUAGAGAAACUGGGAACUCCAAAGGAUACGCCUUUUGUGUGUACCAAGAAGUCGCCGUUACGGAUAUCGCGUGCGCUGCUCUGAACGGUAUAAAGAUGGGAGACAAGACUCUCACCGUGAGACGUGCUAACCAGGGAGCAAUGCAGCCGAAACCUGAACAAGAGAGUGUGUUGUUGCAUGCACAGCAGCAGAUUGCUUUUCAGAUGAAUAUGUUCCAGCCGGGUCCAGCGGCGACAACGGUUGUGUGUUUGACUCAAGUUGUUGCUGAGGAUGAGCUUAAAGACGAUGAGGAGUAUGAAGAUAUAAUGGAAGACAUGAGACAAGAAGGGGGAAAGUUUGGUAACUUGACCAGCGUUGUGAUUCCGCGUCCCAGCCCCAGCGGUGAGCCAGUGCCAGGCCUUGGCAAGGUGUUCUUGAAGUAUGUUGAUACUGAAGGUUCGUCGAGGGCGAGAAGCGGGAUGAAUGGUAGGAAGUUUGGAGGGAAUGAAGUGGUUGCUGUGUUCUAUCCAGAAGACAAGUUUGAUCAGGGAGAGUAUGGAGCCUGAAGCUCAUCUCAUCUCAUCUCAUCCUCUUGUUUGUUGGCUUGCUUACUUGCUGUCUAUCCCCUUAAGCUCUCUUCAGUUUUUUUUUUGCUUCAGUUAAAAGACCCCCCUUUUGUGUUACUUUAAGACCAAGAUAUGAUUUUGAUACUUCUGUUUGUUAUAAACCUCGUGAUAUUACCACCAAUCAAGUCUUUUCUUUGGUUACA